AUGCCUCGCUCACUCGCCGGCGGUGACCUUGCCGUACCGGAGAUGGCGCAGCCGUACAUGAAGAAGGACGACGACGACGAAGACGUUGAGUAUUCACCAUUCUUUGGGAUCGAGAAGGGGGCUGUUCUGCAGGAGGCACGGGCUUUCCAUGAUCCACAACUUGAUGUGAGACGAUGUUCGCAAGUCAUCACCAAGCUAUUAUAUUUACUUAAUCAAGGAGAGACAUUCACGAAGGUUGAGGCCACAGAAGUCUUCUUUGCAGUAACAAAGUUAUUCCAGUCUAGUGAUGCUGGUCUUAGGAGGCUAGUAUAUUUAAUGAUCAAAGAGCUUUCUCCAUCGUCAGAUGAGGUUAUCAUAGUCACAAGCUCAUUGAUGAAAGAUAUGAACAGCAAGACAGAUAUGUACCGUGCCAAUGCUAUUAGAGUUCUUUGUAGAAUAAUUGAUGGUACCCUACUAACUCAAAUUGAGAGAUAUUUGAAGCAAGCUAUUGUUGACAAAAACCCAGUGGUUGCUAGUGCUGCUCUUGUUAGUGGCAUCCACCUGGCCCAGGCAAACCCAGAAACUGUGAAAAGAUGGAGCAACGAAGUCCAGGAAGCUGUUCAAUCAAGAGCUCCACUUGUCCAGUUUCAUGGUCUCGCUCUUCUUCACCAGAUUAGACAGAAUGAUCGUUUGGCUGUUAGCAAGCUAGUUUCUAGUUUGACAAGGGGAUCUGUCCGUUCUCCUCUUGCACAAUGUCUUCUGAUUCGUUACACAAGCCAGGUUAUGCGUGAGUCAAGCAUGAACACUCAAAAUGGUGACCGCCCAUUUUUUGAUUUUCUGGAAUCAUCCCUCAGACAUAAAGCAGAAAUGGUGGUUUUGGAAGCUGCACGGAAAAUAACAGAGAUGGAUGUUACAAGCCGUGAAUUGACACCAGCGAUUACUGUUUUACAGUUAUACUUGAGUUCAUCCAAGCCUGUGCUUCGAUUUGCUGCUGUCCGGACUCUCAAUAAGGUUGCCAUGACACGCCCUCUGGCUGUGACAAACUGCAACGUGGACUUGGAGAGUUUGAUGUCAGACCAGAACAGGAGUAUAGCGACCCUGGCAAUCACUACUCUUCUUAAAACUGGCAAUGAAUCAAGUGUGGAUCGCCUCAUUAAACAAAUUACCAAUUUCAUGUCUGACAUAGCAGAUGAAUUCAAGAUAGUUGUUGUUGAAGCUAUACGAUCUCUGUGCCUGAAGUUCCCACUAAAAUAUCGCUCAAUGUUGAAUUUUUUGAGCAACAGCUUGAGGGAAGAAGGGGGCUUUGAGUAUAAAAAGGCCAUAGUGGAUUCCAUAGUUACUUUGAUCAGUGAAAUACCAGAUGCCAAAGAAAUUGGCCUGCUUCAUCUUUGUGAAUUCAUUGAAGACUGUGAAUUCACAUAUCUUUCUAGUCAGAUUUUGCAUUUUUUGGGAAAUGAAGGGCCAAGGACAUCAGAUCCAAGCAGGUACAUUCGCUACAUUUACAACCGUGUGAUAUUGGAAAAUGCGACUGUUCGUGCUAGCGCUGUCAGCACGCUGGCAAAGUUUGGUGCCCUGGUUGAUACACUCAAGCCUCGGAUCUUUGUUCUCUUGCAACGAUGCCUGUUUGAUACUGAAGAUGAGGUUCGUGAUCGUGCUACACUCUAUCUCCAAACUCUUAGCGGUGAAGUUCCCAUUGGUAACGAUGAGAAGGAUGCGAAGGACUUCCUGUUUGGAUCUUUUGACGUGCCAUUAGCCAACCUGGAAGCAAGCCUAAGAACUUAUGAACCUUCAGAGGAGCCAUUUGACAUAUCUUUGGUGUCGAGAGAAGUCAGGUCGCUACCACUUAAAGAGAAGGCAGCCCCUGGCAAACGGCCACCUGCUGCUGCUGCUGCCCCUGCACCUGUUUCAACUGUUGAUGCUUAUCAGAAAAUGCUUUCAUCCAUUCCUGAGUUCUCUGGGUUUGGAAGACUCUUCAAGUCCUCUGAACCCAUGGAGCUGACAGAGGCAGAAACUGAAUAUGCUGUUAGUGUGGUUAAGCACAUUUAUGAUGGCUACAUUGUAUUGCAGUACAAUUGUGCAAACACUAUAGAAGAACAAUUGCUAGAAGAUGUCACUGUUUGCGUUGAUGCCUCAGAUGCUGAGGAGUUUUCAGAGAUUUGUUCAAAGCCUCUUGCAAGCUUGCCGUAUAAUUCACCUGGGCAAGUUUUUGUUGCUUUUGAAAAGCCAGAGGGUGUACCUGCUGUUGGGAAAUUUUUAAAUUUGUUGAAGUUCACAGUUAAAGAGGUUGACACAACUACAGGGGAAGCUGAUGAGGAUGGUGUGGAGGAUGAAUACCAGUUAGAGGACUUUGAAAUUGUUUCAUCUGAUUAUAUGCUGAGGGUUGCUGUCUCCAAUUUUAGGAACGCCUGGGAAAAUAUGGACCCAGAAAGUGAGCGUGUUGAUGAGUAUGGACUUGGGGUUAGAGAAAGUUUGGCUGAGGCUGUCAAUGCUGUCAUUAAUAUCCUUGGGAUGCAGCCGUGUGAGGGCACUGAGGUUGUACCAAAAAAUGCAAGAUCGCACACCUGCCUGCUAUCUGGCGUGUUUAUUGGCAACGUGAAGGCCCUAGUUAGGUUGUCAUUUGGACUGAGUGGGCCCAAUGAAGUGGCAAUGAAAUUAGCUGUGAGAUCAGAUGACCCUGAAGUCAGUGAUAAGAUUCAUGAGAUUGUCGCCAGCGGAUAA